GGCUGGGAGCUCGGGUUAAGACCCGUUCUGAAAAACGGGUCGCGGGCUUUUUGCUGUAAACUGAAAAAACGAAGCCUCGAAGAACAGCAGAAGUUAGCAGAAAACUCGACACUCGAAGAAGAAGAAGAUUGAGAAGGUAUGUGGGCGGCAACGGUCUCCUUCCCUUGUUACGCACACCCGAAACCGAUUCAUCUGUCGAAUCGUACGGACUCCAAGCCUUUGAAGCUCCAAAUGAGAGCUUCCUUUUUCGACUAUCCUCUCGCAAGCAAAAUCUUGGUUAAAAAUAUACCAUAUUCCACCAGUGAAAAUAGUUUGCAGCAGAAAUUUUCGAGUUUCGGCCAGAUAGCUGAAGUUAAACUAGUCAAGGAUGAAUCCUCAAGAAGAUCCAAGGGGUUUGCAUUUAUUCAAUAUACCUGUCAAGAUGAUGCUAUGCUCGCCCUGGAAAAUAUGGAUCGCCAGAAUCUUGACGGCAGGAUCAUCUACGUAGAGCUUGCUAGACCUGGGAAAGACGCUUAUGGAGAAUAUCCAAGAACCUCUGGUCCCCCAAAGAAGCAGAAUUUGCCACAGCAAGAGGAAGUUUCGGACUGCUGGUACUGAUAGAAAACAGCACUGUAAGUACGCUAGCUAGAAUGGAAAUACUGGAUGCAGAGGUGCAUUUCACCCCUGCAACUAUUAGCAGCGCGGCCGAGUGUUCAUCACUGUGUAUGUAUAAGUGGUGUAUGGUUAGAGCAUUGUAAUUGGAAAGUAUAGAAUGUCGUUACGAUACAGAUGAGAUACUGUAUCAUUACGACAUAGUUUGUAAUGAAUCUUAUUUCAAUAACUUCUUAUGCUACACAGAUUGGGAUUGAGCACCGUUAGUCAUGGUCUGUAUUAAAUCCGUCAUAGGAUCCAAACCCAAUUAAUUUUUGUUUGUCACAAACACGCUGUUGUAAAUGAUUGAUGUUAGCAUUUCCUGUAA